AUGUGGCGGAAUGGUGUUGAAGUUUCGUCGUUCGCGAGGUUCCAUUCGAUGUCUCGUUUCCCGGAAGACUACGUUCGCGAAGAGUUGGAGGUUGACGAAUAUCGUCAAUUGGAGCAAACGUUGGAUGGUUUCGGUGCGGACCAAGGUGAAGAUGCGCAAUAUCUCGAUAGUCUAUUAGCUCCGGAGAAUGUGGAGGCCGGGCCAAGUUCCAGUCGUCGUCGUGGAAAGGUUUUUGAGCACUUGGUUCGUGAGGUGACACCGAUCGUGAUGGGUUUGAGGGCUCCGAGCGCGACUACUAAUCCUCGUAAGAAUCGUAGUAGGAAAGCCGAAGCAGUGGUUGAAGAGAGUUCAAACGAGACUUGUUUCUCGCACGGUCAUGGGAAGUCGGUGAGCACUUUGAAAUCGUUGAAGAAAAUGUUUACACAAUGUCAGCUGUCUGCCGACGUAGAGUUUCUUGUGCCCGAAGUGCACGAACGUCCUUCUGAUUGUCCCGAUGGAUACAUAUGUGUUUACGAACCCUACUUCACAGAGUGCGGGCUCUGGUUUCCUCUUCCAGAAUUUCUCACGAGUUAUUGUAGUCGGCGGAAUAUCGCGUUUUCUCAGCUGUCUGUGGCUAGCAUCCGGAAUGCGGUCGGUCUCGUAAUAAUGGCGGCGGAGGAGAAUAUAGUUGUGAAUCUUAACCUUUUCGAAGAGGUUACUACAUUUUCGAUUGGACAGAAAAAUCCGGGCAUUGUUUGCGCAAGUUCGAGGCGACGUUUUAAGAUUGUUUAUGGUGCUAAGAAGAAGACGAAUGAUUGGAGGAAACGUUACUUCUUUGUGAAGUUAAACGAAGCGUCGGUUGAAGAUAUUCAUCUGUCUUGUGAUAACGUGUGGAAGAUGGAUCCUGGUAGUUCUUAGUUGGUCCGGAUUCGACA